AUGCAGCCACUCAGUAGUAUGAAGAACCGCUUAUUUAACCUAAGCCGUUACUACACACCCAACAAUACGGCAUCAAAGAACAACAACAACACAGAGCAGGUGCUGCAGCAGCAGCAGCAGCAGCAGCAGCAGCAGCAGCAGCAACAGCUGCAGCAGCAGCAACAGCAGCUUCAACAGCAACAGCAGCAGCUGCAACAGCAACAACUGCAGCAGCUGCAGCAGGCACAGGGGGCCCCUCCAGCUGCAGCUGGUCUCCCAGGGGCCCCCCAACCCAAUACAAACACAGAACAAGGGGGGGCCCCCGGGGCCCCCGGGGGGCCCCCCGCUCCCCAGCAGGGUACAGUACAGGGUACAGCAGCUCCGUACCCUAUGCAGGCUGACAAGAGGAUGGAUGAGGCUACAAACGCAGCAGAGAGGGGCCCCCAGGGGGCCCCCCCCCAGGGGGGAGAUGUGUGUGGUUGCUGCUCUGGCGGUAUAGAUAAUAAUAAUAAUAAUAAUGAGCAUCAUCAUCAGCAGCAGCAGCAGCAGCAGCAGCAACAGCAGCAGCAGCAGCAGCAGCAGCCGCAGCAGCAGCAGGAGGAGACGCAGACAAAACCACAUUUUUUCUCGCUUUGUACGAAAUGUGCAAAUGAUGGAAAGGUAUAUAUUCUUGCUGCUGCUGCUGCUGCUGCUGCUGUUGUUGCUGCUGCUGUUGCUGUUGGUGCUGCUGCUGGUGGUGUUGCUGUUGCUGCUGCUGGCGGUGUUGUUGCUGCUGCUGGUGCUGCUGCUCUUGCUGCUGCUGUUGUUGCUGCUGUUGCUGCUGCUGGUGUUGCUGUUUUUACUGCUUCUGUUGUUGCUGCUGCUGCUUAUCCUCUUUUCCUUGUUAUAUAUGUAUAG